GCUCUUGGAGAGCCUUGCGCGCGGCUGGGCCCGAGGCCGGCGGCUCCUCCUCCCACUCUGCUCCUCCUCCUUUUUCUCCUCCUCCUCCUCCACCACCACCUCCUCCUCCUCCUCCUCCUCCACCUCCUCCUCCUCCUCCUCCUCCUCCUCCUCCUCCUCCUCCUCCUCCUCCUCCUCUUCCUCCUCCUCCUCCUCCUCUUCAAUUCUCUCGGUGUCUCGGCUCGGCUCGCUGGCUUCGGAGAAACCCGUACUACAGUCGCCGACCCAGCGCCCAAGCGGGUCGCCUAGGGCUGGGGGCGCACCCCAGGGAGCGGAGAGGUCCAGGCAGCUGGGCCGCCGCGGGCACCUAGCCGUUCCCGAGUGAGCCCCGACCGCAGCCGUCGCCGCCUCGGGCAGAGUUUGCGCUCCUGCUUUGCGCCCGGGGCGCUGAAGCCGGGCGGGCGAUGCCCGCGGCGUGAAAGCGCCCGCGGCGGGCGCCGACCUCUGCCCUCGUCUUCCCCCUUCCCACCCCCCCCCGCCCUGUGCCCUUGUGACCCUGGCUUUGGCGCCGCCGCCCAGGCGCCCCGCGAUGUAGCUGCCCCUGCGCCUCGGCGGGAGGCGUCCUGGCCCGCGGGCGCCCGGAGCCCGGCCUGGGGGCGCAGCCGAGCUCGGGCGGGGCCGGGGCCGCGGUGGCGAUGCACCGGGCCCGUUAGCGCGGGGAGCGCCAGGCAGCUGAGGCGGGGGGCAAGCCCUCCCGCGGAGGAGCCGCGCCCCCGGCCCCGCCGGUCCCGCCGCGAUGCUGUUCCACAGUCUGUCGGGCCCCGAGGUGCACGGGGUCAUCGACGAGAUGGACCGCAGGGCCAAGAGCGAGGCUCCCGCCAUCAGCUCCGCGAUCGACCGCGGCGACACGGAGACGACCAUGCCGUCCAUCAGCAGUGACCGCGCCGCGCUUUGCGCCGGCUGCGGGGGCAAGAUCUCGGACCGCUACUACCUGCUGGCGGUGGACAAGCAGUGGCACAUGCGCUGCCUCAAGUGUUGUGAGUGCAAGCUCAACCUGGAGUCGGAGCUCACCUGUUUCAGCAAGGACGGAAGCAUCUACUGCAAGGAAGACUACUACAGGCGGUUCUCUGUGCAGCGCUGCGCCCGCUGCCACCUGGGCAUCUCAGCCUCGGAGAUGGUGAUGCGUGCUCGGGACUUGGUUUAUCACCUCAACUGCUUCACAUGCACCACGUGUAACAAGAUGUUGACCACGGGUGACCACUUCGGCAUGAAGGACAGCCUGGUCUACUGCCGCUUGCACUUCGAGGCGCUGCUGCAGGGCGAGUACCCCGCGCACUUCAACCAUGCCGACGUGGCGGCGGCCGCAGCUGCAGCAGCCGCGGCCAAGAGCGCUGGGCUGGGCGCGGCCGGGGCCAACCCUCUGGGUCUUCCCUACUACAAUGGCGUGGGCACGGUGCAGAAGGGCCGGCCGAGGAAGCGCAAGAGCCCCGGCCCCGGGGCGGAUCUGGCGGCCUACAACGCUGCGCUGAGCUGCAACGAGAACGACGGGGAGCACCUGGACCGCGACCAGCCCUACCCGAGCAGCCAGAAGACGAAGCGCAUGCGCACUUCCUUCAAGCACCACCAGCUUCGGACCAUGAAGUCUUACUUUGCCAUUAACCACAACCCCGACGCCAAGGACUUGAAGCAGCUGGCGCAAAAGACGGGCCUCACCAAGCGGGUCCUCCAGGUCUGGUUUCAGAACGCUAGGGCCAAGUUCAGGCGCAACCUCUUACGGCAGGAAAACACGGCUGUGGACAAGUCGACAGAGGCAACGUUGCAGACAGGGACGCCAUCAGGGCCGGCCUCGGAGCUCUCCAACGCCUCGCUCAGCCCCUCCAGCACGCCCACCACCCUCACAGACUUGACCAGCCCGGCCCUGCCAACUGUGACAUCCGUCUUAACUUCUGUGCCUGGCAACCUGGAGGGCCACGAGCCUCACAGCCCCUCACAAACGACUCUCACCAACCUUUUCUAGUGACUCACGCCCUCCCCCCCCACAAUUUCUUUAAAAAAGAAAUUAUCUUUAGUUGAAUUCCAAGUGUAUUUUAAAAUAGAGGCUUUGAGCAACUAACUAACCACAUUUUAGGAUCUCGCCUGAAAACAGAGGAAGAAAAUAAUUGUGCGUCCGGCUAAUGCAGCGGUGUGGGCUUGAGGAAGUACUUGGAAAAUCUAUCUGCAACACAACAUUUGUGUCACUGUACAGUUUUGUGGACUGAGCGAGGAAAAACAACAAAUAAUUUAAGUUGGCUAGAGCUUCUGUAUUUUCAAAGACUGCCACGUGCCUUAGGAAUACUGUUUUAUCUCCAUACUUUGGAUGACUUGUUCAUUUUUCUCUCCCUCUUUUUCUCUCUGUAUAUUUAUGACCAGAGCAAAAAUGUAAAAAAAAAAAAAAAAAAAAAAAAAAAAAAAGUUUGUUACUUUGAAUAGUCCUAAAAAGAAAAAAAAAAAAGGAAAAAUCAAACCCCCUCCAACGGUCGCUUUGUUGUUUUAGAAUUUUAAGGUGGAAGUCUGUUCGAAUAUCAGAAUUUGUAAAAUCUAACCAGUAAUAAAACCACUUAUUGAAACUA